AUGGCGCGACCGCGCUCGACGCGAUCGACUUUGACGCCGACGCGAGCGACGCCGGAGAACGCCCCGGGGUCGAGCGCGACGACGGACGCGGAUGAGAGCGCGGCGACGAUGGCGACGGAGUUGGCGGCGAUGGCGAUGGAGACGGGCACGACGUCGUUGCCGGAGAAUUUUUGCAUCAUCGAGGGACGGAACAGCGUCGUGGACUUCGCGGACAUGCAGGCUGGGGAGAUCGCGCAGAACAUUGAGAGUCGACGACAGCGGGUGUUUUUGUUGAUGGAGGAAUUGCGGCGGUUGCGAGUGCAGCAACGGGUGAAGACGAUCGGGUUGGAGGAUGACGAGACGGUGGAACCGAGGGAGUUUGUGAGCGUCAUACCGGGCUUUCCUGUUUUGACGGAGGACAGCGUGAAGGAUUACAGGAUAUAUUGGGGGGCCGCGGUGGCGAUGUUGUUGCUCUUUGGGGGACUGAUCGCGCCGAUGGCGGAGGUGAAGCUCGGAUUGGGCGGGACGUCGUACGCGGAGUUCAUAGACGGCUUGCACCUGCCGGCGCAGUUGGCGCAGGUCGAUCCCAUCGUUGCCUCCUUCACCGGAGGCGCCGUGGGGGCGAUCUCGGCGUUUUUCGUGAUUGAGAUUGAAAACGUCAAGGAGCAGCGCAAGAAGAUUUGCAUGUACUGUAAGGGGAGCGGGUAUCUGCAGUGCGCGGAGUGUUCGAUGAGCAAGCGUCCAGGACGCUUGAUCGAUCCCACGAGCGGAUCGAGGUGCAUCUGUCCGACGUGCUCGGGUACGGCCAAGGUGAUGUGCACGUCUUGUUUAUGCACGGGCAUGGCGCUCGCCACUGAACACGAUCCGCGCAUCGAUCCGUUCGAUUAA